GAUGGUUAAAGUGUCCAAACCGGACUGUGAAUCUUCUCACAUUGCCACAAUAUGAGGAGCUGAGUGCAGAUUAGACAUUUAUCCCCUCCCUUACUGCUUUGGUUUAUUUAGUGCUUUGUGAAAGUCAACGUAUACAAACACCCUCUGGCCCAAGUGCACUUGGCUACAUGUGAUGUCUGCCGCUCGUCCAGCGCACUCCAGACUGCGCUGUUGAUGCCAUGCCGCGAAAUCACACCGGCGACGAGAGCGGCGGCACCGGCCUCUGGCUGAAGACCUCAACGGGACGCCGUACGCAAGACUGCGCACUGAGAGAUGUGGAGUCUGGGCGGAGGACGAUGAAUAACGCGGUCCGAGUCGGCGACAGUCUUAUGUCUCCGGCGGCGACAGGUGCGGUGGGCGCGGAGAGGAAGCAGGGCGCCCGACUCAGUCUGCUGGGGAAGCCGCUGACCUACAGCGCACAGAGCAGUCGCAGGAACGCGCGGUACCGACGGCUCCAGAAUUACCUCUACAACGUGCUGGAGAGGCCGCGGGAAUGGGCUUUCGUCUACCACGCUUUUGUGUUCAUCCUGGUGUUUGGAUGUCUGGUUCUGUCUGUGUUUUCCACCAUCCCUGCUCACCAGGAAUUCUCCUCACACUGCCUGCUGACCCUGGAGUUUGUGAUGAUUGUAGUGUUUGGUCUGGAGUACAUCAUCAGGAUAUGGAGUGCUGGCUGCUGUUGCCGCUACAGAGGUUGGCAGGGACGCCUCCGCUUUGCCAGGAAACCGUUCUGUGUCAUAGACAUCAUCGUUCUCAUUGCCUCGGUUGCUGUGGUUUCAGCCGGUAGCCAGGAGAACAUCUUUGCCACCUCUGCACUGCGUAGCCUUCGUUUUCUUCAGAUCCUGCGCAUGGUGCGCAUGGACCGCAGGGGAGGGACCUGGAAGCUGUUGGGAUCUGUAGUUUAUGCACAUAGUAAGGAGCUGGUGACUGCCUGGUAUAUUGGGUUCCUGGUACUAAUCUUCUCCUCCUUCCUGGUCUAUCUGGUGGAGAAAGAAUACAACAAGGAGUUUGCCACCUACGCCGACGCUCUGUGGUGGGGCACGAUCACCCUCACAACCAUCGGCUACGGUGACAAGACCCCGCAGACGUGGACAGGACGGUUGUUGUCAGCUGGCUUCGCUCUGCUGGGGAUCUCCUUCUUCGCCCUGCCAGCUGGCAUCCUAGGGUCAGGUUUUGCCCUAAAGGUGCAGGAGCAGCAUCGACAGAAGCACUUUGAGAAGAGGAGGAACCCAGCUGCCAGCCUCAUCCAGUGUGUCUGGCGUAGUUAUGCUGCUGAUGAGAACUCGGUUUCCAUUGCUACCUGGACGCCUCAUUUGAAGGCGUUGCAUACCUGCAGCCCCGCCAAGAAAGAGCAGGGCGAGACUACUUACAGGAUCAUGAAGUUUCACGUAGCAAAGAAGAAGUUUAAGGAGACGUUGCGUCCCUAUGACGUAAAGGACGUCAUUGAGCAGUACUCUGCGGGUCAUUUGGACAUGCUCUGCCGAAUCAAAAGCCUUCAAACCAGGGUGGACCAGAUCCUGGGAAAAGGCCACAUACCUGUGGAUAAGAAGAUAAGGGACAAACUACACCCAGAUGGAAACUCCCUGGAGGGCAUGAGCAUGCUGGGACGAGUGUGUAAGGUGGAGAGACAGGUAACAUCCAUCGAGUCAAAAUUAGACUCUUUGCUAGAUGUUUACCGCCAAGUCCUACAAAAAGGUCCUUCAGCACUCACCCUCUCGUCCCUGCCUCUGUUUGAGCUGGACAGCCACCAGCACCACAACUCAGACUACCAGACCACUAUAAUCAGAGAUCUCCCCUCUAACCAGAGAGGUGAUCCAGUUCGAGGUGGAGGAGAUGACAAUAGGGGCAUACGCCGUUCCCUUAGUGGCAACCCAAGAGGUCUGCGGCUCAUCCUGGCACCCGCCGAUGAUGAUGCUCUACCAGACUCAGCCCCUCCAUCCUACCCCCCGUCCACAGCCUCACUCUCCCCAUCACCCCUGCUGCGGCCAGAUAGCCCAUACCCAACCUUAGUCACCCCCAAUGGCACCUUCAAAAGAGUACCCUUCCCUGACCUGCCACCCCCACCUCCCUCAACAGGGAGUUUCACUCUACAGCUGCCCCCCAUGGUGCACCCUUCCCAUCUCCGGUACCCUGCUGACUGUGUUGUGGAUGAUAUGACAGAUGUCAUGGCAGCCAAUGAAGAGACGCUGGGCCCCUAUGUUACUGUGGAAUCCAGGGUGGCUAAUGACCAGGAAGGAGACAGUGAGGCAAGCUCUGUCCAAGGAGGGGGGCAGCUGCGGAAGAAGGCUGGCUUGAAAUCUGAGGAUGUCUGGAGGAGGCACAUGAGCCUUGAGGUCAACCCCCUGCUGCUGCUCUCAUCAGAUGGUAGGCCUUCAGACUGGGAAGGAAGACUCGGGAAAUCCCUCUCCAUGCACAAUAUCAACCAGUCUUUGACUAACCGUGCCCGGGGUCUUUCCUCCAUGCUCAACAACAGCAGCAGCAGCAGCAACAGUAGCGAACCUGGCAAUGCUCACGGUGACCUUAGCAACUGGGAUGAAUCAGAACUCUUCAUUAGUGAGUGCAAGCUGAAGCCAACAGGAGAACAUUUCAACUUCCUGUCCCAAGGGCCUGACAGCAGCCCCUCAGACAUUUUACAGACUGUGGAGGAAGCUGCACUUCACCCCAAGGGAAACUCAGACUUUCUCACUCAGCCUCCACACAUACAGCUGGCAUAACUGCACAUACAUUGACAUGUACACUCUCACAUACUGUAUUCACACACCACUACUGGGUAAGCCGCUUUUAAAGUAUUUUUACAGGAGACUACACAGAUCAUGUUGCAGAUGGUACAAUUAAAUGCUUUGUAUAUAGACAAUGUUUUUUAUUUUGUUGAACAUGAUUAUGUCCAUUUUCAUACAAGUGUUAUUACCUUUUUAUGGGCUAUAUGGUAGAUUAGCAUAUACAUCAAAACAAAAGCAAAUGUAUGAAGAUGCCUAAAAUAUGUAUGCAAGUGGCCAGUUUCAUGUAAGACAAAAAACACAUGCAAUACACAAAUACAAAAAAGCUUUGUUAAGGGGAAAUAGAUGUGCUCUUUAUCUGAAGAUAUGGAGAUAUGGUCACUUUAUCAACUUUAUAGAGACUAGGUGUUUGUCAUAUUCAGGAUCAUUUUGCUGAUCAAGACAGGAAUGGCGAUGUUAUCUGGCUUGUGCCAAUCUUGACAAUUAAAUUCAAGAAAAAAAAAAUAAAACAGACAAAAACGCACUGACACAACCACAACCACCAGGAAGAGCCAACUUGACAAAAAGACAACACUGACUAGUGACUUAUUUUUUCAUACAACCCCAAAUCAGAAAAAGUUGGGACAGUAUGUAAAAUCAAAAGUAA